GGAGAAACAGGAAGAGACAGGAGGGGGACGGAACACCUUGCGAGAGGCCGCGUCACACGUCACACCUCUCUCGCUCUCCCCCCCCCUCGAACACACAACACACAACAGAACUACGAACGGCCUCCCAGGACAGGACCUUCAGCCAACCUCAUCUCCUCUCUUCUUUCACUCAGCCUACCCCUCGCUGCCUCUGGCUCUCUCUCUGUUCGACUCUCCGUCCGCCUGCAAAAGCCCCCCCGCAAACGUCACACUCUCAAAGCACACCCCUCAUGUCAUUCGGCGAUCUCGAAAAGGGCUUGCCCCGGGGCGGCAACGGCAACAGCGGCCAAAACACCCCCUGGGACGGCAGAGCAGGGUCAGCUAGUAGCGGGCGAGGCGGCUCUUUCGGCGGCCGCCAGGACACCAACACCCACAACAACCACGACACGCCCCCACCAUUCGCGGGUCCCUCAUCCACAUCCUCAACCUCAUCACCACCAGCAGGCCACCCGCCAAACGCAAACGACGCAACAACGAUCGAUAGAGCGUCCCGUACGAUUUUCACCAUCUCCAAUAAUGUCGCGACGAUUCAGAAACUUGUUUCGCUGUUUGGGACCGAGAAGGAUACGGCGGAUUUGAGGAGUAGACUGCAUGAUACGACCGAGGAGACGAGGGCGAUGGUGAGGCAGACUGGAAGCGAUUUGAAGGCGAUACUCGCUGCGAACCCGUCGCACGCAGGAGGCGACACCUACACGCACCGGCAACGCAAAAUGGCGCAACAAAAGCUUCAAAAGGACUUUGAACAAGUCCUCAAACGGUUCCAACUGGUCUCCAAACAAGCCGCCGAAAAAUCCCGCGAGUACGUCUCCCUCGCCAAAGCCGCCCACACGCACGCCGCAGAUGGGUUCCCCCCCGACGUCGACGUUGAGGAUGCAGACGAGGGCCAGCCGCUGAUGGCGGCGCAUCAGAGACAGCAGCUGGUGGUGCUGGACAAUGAGAUUGAGUUUAAUGAGGCGUUGAUUGCGGAGAGGGAACAGGAUUUGAAGGGGAUUGAGCAGAGUAUCGCGGAGGUGAAUGAGAUCUUUAGGGAUCUGGGGACGAUGGUGCAUGAGCAGCAGUAUAUGCUUGACAACAUCGAAUCCAACGUCCAAGCCGUAGAAAUCAACCUCGAGAACGCCACGGGGGAACUACGGACCGCGGACCGGUACCAGCGCUCGGCACGCAACAAGCUGUGCUGCAUCAUGGUCGUUGUCGCGAUCGUCGUGCUUGUGGUUGUCUUGAUUUUGAUCUCGUAGGGUGGGGACGGUGGCAUCACCCCAACGCUCGACCCGACACGACACCUACGUCCCGCAUCACCGCGCAACCCCAGAUUCCUCUUCCCAGUUGAAUUUCGACACGUGUUACAUUCACGCAGAAUCCCGAUGGGGUGGUGGUGUACCCACCUCACAGAUAGCUCGCGAGACGAGACGGUAAUGAACAAUGCAGGCGAAAACAUCACGCCCCGAAUCUGCUUCGAGCGCGGUUAAGUACUGUACACCCAACCAUCGCUGCACCGCACGUCCAUGACGCCCCGUCCCGCCCUUGCCCGGGUUGUCUUUUUUCACACCCCCCUUUUUUUCCCUGCACCCACACAAUCCCGUCCCGUCGUUCCCUCGUUUCGCAAAACAAAAAGUUCUACGCCCCCCCCCCCCCCCCCC